AAGAUGGCAACAGGGAUGAGAGCUCUACUAGACACUGUGGUUCAGGCCCUGCCUCAGGUGGGGAAUCUGGGUCUCCUCUUCAUGUUGCUGUUCUUCAUCUAUGCAGCACUGGGAGUGGAGCUGUUUGGGAAACUGGAGUGUUCCGAGGAGAACCCGUGUGAGGGUCUGAGUCGUCACGCCACGUUCCAGAACUUUGGCAUGGCGUUCCUCACCUUGUUCCGCGUUUCCACCGGUGACAACUGGAAUGGAAUUAUGAAGGACACGCUGCGGGACUGUCGUCCAGAGGACCGUUCCUGUCUGUCCUACCUCCCUCUGGUUUCUCCGGUCUAA